AGCCCGUGAGUCACUGUUGGAUAUUUGCAGUGGUCAGUUCAAGGCUAAAAAGGCUGUUUUGCUUUCAGUAAUAUUUAACUGGAUAGUUUGGGCUACACCCCACAGUAACCAAGAAACUGCUACUGUACUGACUGUGGAAACAUGAUUUCUGUUCAGCCUCUCUGAAUACUGCAUAACUCAUCCUGGACUAUUCAAGAACAAUGGCCUGACUGUUUCUCUGGCAAUAUGAAUGGCCACAUCCUUCAGCUGUGUGUAAUCCAAGCUGUAGCCUCUUUUAUCCAUCUAGAACCCAAGAAUGUUACUGUGUUAAGAGGCAGUGAGGUUCGCUUUAACUGCAGCACUGAUGAAUCCUGGGGUGUCAUGACGUGGCUGUUGGGUGGAAGAACUGUCCUCACCAUCUCAGUGGAACAUGGUCCUCUGGGUGGAGAUGAGCAUGUGUCCACAGUUAAUCACUCCAGCUCAUCUCUUUCCAUGUGGGAGUUGGUUUUGAUGAACGUUUCCUUCAGACCCAUUGUACAGGAAGUCAUAUGUGAACUGCUGCCUACAAGACUUGACAGAUCAUCAUCAGCCCUGUUUGUACAAGAAAAAGGAAAUGUCAGGAUUUUGGAGAGUGAUCUGUCAGUUCAAGAGGGGAUGCUUGUCACCUUCCAUUGCGAAGCGAGUGGCUGGUAUCCGGACCCUUCAGUGUCCUGGGUGGUCAAUGGCACCACUGUGGACAGAGACAACUACAACACCAGCAGUCUCCAGGACCCCAAUGGCCUUUUCAACUCCACCAGUGUGCUUCAGAUAAAAGCAGAGACAAGCAGCACAGUGGAGUGUUGGGCAUCUGUGUCUGCCGCUGUAGCCCACCAAAACAGCAGUGUCAAGCUGACUGUAGUGGCACCGAAAGCUCCCCAGGACUACACAGUUGUGAUCGCUGUCAUAGUGUCUGUGUGUACAAUCUUUCUGCUGACAGUGCUCAUCCUGAUCUUGUACUAUAGAAAAAAACUGACAAAAUCAAGCUCUGAAAAUAAAGUCAGCUCCUCUUUAUGGACUGUCAAUUUAAGCAGUCGUCGGAGGUCUGUUGCUGAUGAAACCAGAGGAAAAGUUAACCCAGGAUACCACGGCGAAGACGUAACAAGUUCAGGACACCAUGACCUCAGGAAUAGAGCUGACAGCACGGUAAACAUCAUCAGCUCUCCACGGGUUCCUGAUAUUGUCAUUUUCAGCACUCAAAAUCAGAAAUUGGAAGAUUUUUCUAACCUCUACUCUAAGGGAGCAAAGACAGUCCGCCGAGUCACCACUGUUUGACCUCAGGGUCGACCUCACAUAAACCUCCCACUGCAAGAAAGAAACAAAGGUCAUAUAUGCUGAAAAUGAAGAUGCAAUAGAUGCAAUGCCUGUUUUUUUUUUUUUUUUGUCACUUCAAAAAAUGUUAUGUAAUUAUUUUGCAUUAUUUUGUACUGGUGUAUUUGUAAGUUAUUUACAGUAUUCGUAUCUGUAUCGGUAAAGAGAGCUGCAGUGGUGACAUAUUUUUGUAGGCCAACCUGGAAGUCAGCAUCACCUGGUUCCCUAGGGUUUUUACAUUGGCUUUUGGAUUAAUGCAGUAAAUAAACUCUGUGACCAGCAAAAGUUUGAUGUCUUGUUCAUCAUAAUAAUAUUCACAAAUGAAUACAACUUGAGCCUAAAUACAGUCGGCAGAAGCAGCUAAACAUAGGAAAGAAACAAACUACACCAUGUUCACAUGACUCCAACAACACCACAACUGAAAAAGAGAGCGAUUUAUACAACAAACGCACACAAUAUCCUCUGAAAACGACCUAGUGAAUGGCUGAGUUUACUCUUUUCAAUGUGAUGAAAUUAAGUGACCCUGACAACCUCUGUAGUUCCAUUUAGCCACUUAUUAAAAGCCCAUUGUCUUUAAGUUGAUGGAAACCAAAGCUGAUUUAUGGGUUUUGGCCUACAAAAAUAUGUCAAUUCUACAGCACAUUUUUAACUGUGCAAUUUUUUUUUUUUUUUUUUAUUUGUGUUAUAGUGCAUCUUAUGCAUAGACAACUGCACUGUCAAGUAUUGCUUGGCACUUUUAAUAAUAAACAAAAACAACCUUUUCCUCAGAGGGUUCAAGUUAGGGAAAUUUGCCUUCAUGUUUUCCCUCUCUGCUGCUCGUCAGUCAUGGAUGGCAACUGCUGAAUAAAUUAGGGUUACCCUCCGUAGAUCACACAAAGUUGUCAUGAUAUGAGAGGGUGAUAACAUAAGCCUUUUGUUUUUGUUUGGGUUUCCAGACCAGUGUUGUAUUUCCUAGACCUGCUUGUGUUACUGAGGUUUUCAUUUGCCAUUCACAAGUGCUGGAUUGAUGUCAGGGUCAAGCAGACUGUUUCUCUGGGGUGAUUUACAGAGGCCACUGCCUGCCUUUCAAACACUUCUGCGUCUCACAGGAUGUCUCGAUGUUCAGCACAAAUAUUGCAGAACAGUACUUGAGACCUGUUAGAUAAUACAUUUGGCGUUCUUAUAUACAUUUGUCUUUUUAUCUGUAAUUAUUAUUUUUGCAAUUAAUAAUGAAGCGUACAAUUGCUGUGUCCCAGCUUAAUACCUGGAAAAAAAUCUAGUUUUGUUGAUAGUUUGAAUUAGCUUUUAUUUUUCUAUUUUCAAUGUCAUUUUAAUUUAAUUUAAUUAGAUUUUUUACUUUGCUGAAAUGUUACAAUGUGUAGUUUUAGCUAAUAACAGUAAUCAUGCUUAUGAAAUAUAUAUAUAUGUAUAUAUAUAUAUAUAUAUAUUUGGAGACAUUUAAUCUUUUUUUUUCUUUUUGUUCUAAACAUUCUAUAUCACAGCUGCAUACAAUUAAUCUAAAUACUAAUCUUUGAGUGUAACUCAGUAACACAUUUGUGUUAUAUCUGCCCCAUAUGAGAUGCAGGCACUGGCUGCAAUCAUGUAAAUGAAAACAUCUAAUCAUCAUCAUAAAUAUUUACUCAUGCAUAUUAGAACCCAGCCACCAUAUAAAGGUCUGCCUCCAAACAAUGAUUCAGUCUUUAUGUAAUUGACCUCAGCUGAAUGAACCUUUUUGGAAUCAGUCACGGUACUUUGAAACAAUUGCAGCCUACUUUACACAGUGCGAUUCUCUGCAACACUGAUGAAUAACUUAGCAUGUCUUCUCUGUGAUUGAAAUGUAAUCCUCUCUAAUGCAUCCUUACAACGGGGCAUUUAAGUGCUUUCAAAGUCAGCUAUGAGGCACUGUAUUAAGUGACUGGCUAUUAAAGGAAAUUGGAGACAGGAGCCCAUGACAUGGUGCUGUUAGCAUAAUUAAGACCCAAGUAAUUAGCCGAUUAAUGCCUCUUAAAAACUGAUGAAGUGAGUGGGUAAUGCAGAAAAGCUUUACAUUUGAGAUCUAGUGUUUCUUUUAAUGUUUUUGAAGUCUGUGAACAGAUCAUAAUCCCGUAAUUAUGGAAAGGUGUGAAUUUAGCAUAAACUAUCCAGAAUUGUGUCCCUUCAGGAGUAAAUGUAUUCACCACUUUCAGUAAUUGUAACAUAAAUGGUUUAAAAAUGUAUAAUUUUUGCACCCUAGUGGCACUAAAUAGAAAUAAAAAGUGUUUCAAACAAAUUUACUGAGCUGAAUUGCUGUAACCUCAACUUUGGACAUGGCAUCAAUAAAAAACAAAAAAGUUUGAUA